AUGUCUGGAAAAGGUGGCAACGGUGGUGGAUCAGUUGGUGGGGGAAAAGGCGGUGGCGGUGGCGGCAAUGGUGGUGGUGGUGGUGGAGCCUAUCAAGGCGGUGGUGGUGGUGGUGGAGCCUAUCAAGGCGGCGGCGGCGGCAGUGGUGAAAUGAUGAAAACUCCGGGAGGAGGUGGGUCCUACAUAUCUAGGCCUGGCUUUGAGAGUAAUCCACAGGGUUAUUUUUCUGGACAGCGUGGCAAUGAUCAAAAGGGGAAUGGCGGAAAAGGUGGUGGUGGUGGGAAGGGGGGAGGUGGUGGCGGUGGAGGAAAAGGAGGUGGUAGCGCUAGUGGCGCAGGAGGAAAAGGUGGUGGCAGUGGUAGUGGUGGUGGAGGAGGAAAAGGAGGUGGCGGCGGUGGUAAAAGUGGUGGAUCGGCCGGAAAGGGAGGUGGUGGCGGCGGUGGCUGCGGACCAGGGAUGAUGACGGCGCCGGGAGGAGGAGGAGAGUGUAUAUCGAGGGGUGGUUUUGAAAGCAACCCUCAGGGCUAUUUCGCCGGACUUCAUGCUGGAGACCAGGGUUCCAAACAGUAG